AUGAAUCUCACAACAGAGGAAUAUACCAAAUGGGUGGUCGAACGAAUGAGGGACAGCGCCCAGCCAUCUACGUACUACGGCGGCAUAGCCCAGUCACAGGUGCCGGAUCAUGGAACAUCGCAGGUUUCUGUGCUCGACGAACACGGCAAUGGUGUCUCUUCAACAACCACCAUAAAUCGUUGGUUUGGAGCAGCGGUCGAAUCGGAAGCCUAUGGAAUUGUGUGGAACGACGAGAUGGACGACUUUUCUACACCAGGAAUGGCUAAUGGAUUCGGCUUUGCACCGUCGGAGACGAACUUCAUUGAACCAGGCAAACGGCCAAUGAGCAGCAUGAGUCCUAUGGUAAUUUUCGAUGCUAAAACGAAAGAGCCAACGAUGGUUAUCGGUGGUUCCGGCGGCUCAAAAAUUAUCUCUGCCGUUGCGAAAGCAAUUGUUCGUCCUCUGAUUUUCGGUGAGACUAUAAAGCAAGCAAUUGACUCACCAAUGAUUCACAAUCAAUUCACACCCGACAUCACUCAGAUUGAUGACUCUUUCCCCAAGGAGCUCAAAUCGGUGCUGGACUGGAAAUUCGGUCAAAAGUUCCGCAACACGACUGGAUUUGAAGGAAUCGUGCAGGGAAUAACGGUCAAUUCAGCUGAAGUCCGGGCCUGUGGAGAUUUCAGGCGGAAAACCAAACAAAUCCCUUCAGGUUAUUGA